CUAGGUGCAGGAUCGCGUACGAACAGCUCAGCUUCGCCGGAGGCUCGAUAUGAGCGGGACGAUAUCAAUGAUCUCCUAAAACAAUCGAGAUCCUCCAAACGCGUCGAUAUGGCUCCUUUCCGUGGCAGAGGAGCUCGCGGUGGCAGCAGAGGUAGGGGCGGAGGAUCGAGAGGAGGAUCAAGAGGAGGUCGAGGAGGCAGAGGAGGAAUACAAAACACUGGAAAGCUCGCGCGAAGUGGUAUCAAGACGAAGAACGGCUAUAGGAAGUUCGACAGCCAACGUGUGAAAGAUGUGGAGUCGGAAGAUGAUGCACCACAAGUGGAAGACGAAUCUGAAUCUGAGCCCGAAAUUGAGGCUGACGAGGAGGUUGAGGUCAAGCCGACGGUGAAGGCUUAUAAUACCUUACUGCAAUCUUUGCACGGUCCAGAGGAAGCAGAGGAGAAUGGCGAGCGCAAGGCGAAGAGACGGAAGAUUGAAAGGGUGGUUGAGCAGGAAGACAGCUCGGACUCAGACGAAGAUGCCGAUGAGGACAUGCUGGAACAAGAUGAAUCGGACGAGUUGACCAGAGAUGUGUCUGACGAUGAAGAAGAGGUGGUCGUAGAUGGCGAAGAAGAGAUGCUUGAAACGGACGAUCCAUUCGAGGUACAUUUUGCGAACCCAGACGACAACGAGCUGAGGCGAAGGCUUGAGGCGAUACAAUCCAGUCAAUGGAAAAUGGAGAAGCGACCGCUCGGUGGCAAGGUCCACGUGACUCUGCACUCGCCCGCCUGCGUUGAUGGCAGCGGUGCUCGGAAACUUGUGAAUGCCAUCAGCAACCUCCCACUGAAAGAACGUUUGUCGAGGCAUGCGGAUAAAGUUAUCACCCUGGAGACACCGCUGGAUCAGGCUUUUGGGGCUUAUCUCUUCAGUUAUAACGAUGUACUACUGGGCAAUCGGACGCCGCGGAAUGCUGAAUCUCUACGAACGAUGACCGCUUUCCAUGCUGUUAAUCACGUCUUGAAAGGCCGUGACAGGGUGAUCAAGAACAAUGAACGCCUGGCCCAUGCCGAUGAUAUAGAUGCUCCGGAGUGUCGAGAUCAGGGCUUCGUACGACCAAAGGUUCUCAUCCUAAAUGGAACACGUCAAAUGGCUGCGAACUAUGCCGAUGCAAUUGUCAGUGCGUUUCAACCCGAUCAGCAGGAGAACCGUAAACGUUUCGACGAUGCCUUUACCGCGCCUUUAGACGAUCGCGAGCAUAUUCCAGAAGACUAUCGAGAGCUAUUUGGUGGCAAUGACAGUGAUGAUUUCAUGACUGGAUUGAAGUUCACUCGAAAAACGCUCAAGUUCUAUUCGGCGUUCUACAACAGCGACAUCAUCCUCGCUUCGCCUUUGGGGAUUCGAAAAAUCAUUGAAAAUGAGGACAAGAAGAAACGAGAUCAUGACUUCCUCACCUCUAUCGAAGUAGUUGUCGCAGAUCAAGCAGAUGCUAUGCAGAUGCAAAACUGGGAGAACGUCGAAAUCGUCUUCAAUCAUCUCAAUCUUGAGCUCAAGGACUCGCAUGGGUGUGACUUUUCGCGUGUCCGGAACUGGUAUCUCGAUGGGAACGCCAAAUACCUUCGCCAGACGAUCGUCUUGUCCGCUUACAUCACGCCGGAAAUGAACAGACUGUACAACUCGCACAUGCAGAACGUUGCUGGUAAGACCAAGAUUGCACCAGUAUACUCUGGUGCAAUCACAACAACAAGUGGCCUGGGCUUCAAGCAGACGUUCUCCCGUUUCGACUCACCGUCCCCUCCAGGCGAUCCCGAUGCAAGGUUCAAAUACUUCACAACUGCGAUACUACCACGACUGUUGAAACUUCCGAAGCCUGCAGAUGGCGCACAAGGUAUCUUGGUCUUCGUCCCUACAUACUUCGACUUCCUCCGACUGCGAAACUACUUCGCCACAUCUACACAGACGGAGAACAUUUCUUUCGGUACCAUCCAUGACUACAGUGAGAAGUCUGAACAGCGGCGAGCGCAAGCUCAUUUUCGCAACGGCCGGCAUUCGAUACUCCUGUAUACACAGAGAGCGCACCACUUCUAUCGCCUGCGAAUGAAAGGCGUGAAAAGAGUGGUCAUGUAUGGACUGCCAGACAAUCCGAUCUUCUACCAGGAACUUGUCGAAGGCUACCUUGGUGCCACCAUCAGUGAAGGGACAAUCGAUCCUAUUGAGACCAGCGUCCGUAAUGUCUUCAGUAAAUGGGAUGGACUCCGGCUGGAAAGAAUCGUCGGGACAGAAAGAGUCAAAACCAUGCUCAGUGGUCAGGGCGACACUUUCGACUUUGUAUAAUUACCUCUCUAAUAUGUGUCGAAGCAUCAGCAUGCUUUGCGCAGCAACAAUUCGCAGCCCACGGAACCAAGUGUAGGUGGUCUCGGCUCACAUUAUUAAGGUUUCCACAUCUCAGCCUUGCGCAGCUCAGCCUUCCACAUCUCAGCCUUUCUAUGUUUAAAGCUACCCAGAUUGGUCCGAUGGCUCAAUACUACUGACAGCGCAUUCGUCCAAGCUGCAGGUCAUGCAACACACCUGCACCCUACGUGAAAGACAUUGCCGAGAAGCGGGGUGGCUCCAAUUAUGCUAAGAGAUGGUGGCGAUAUGUAAUUGCUCUGCGCUCGCAGGCACACGCUCACAGC